AGCGUUAUCAUCGACAGGAAGGGACUCAACAAGACAUAGACUAUCGCUCACGGGACACGACGGAAGGAAUCAGAGAAAAGAGUUAUUAAGAUCACACGAUUUAAUUCAGACGGGCCGAGGAGAGAGAACAUGAGGGAUUCUCACGUCUUGUUACUUGUUUUAUUUCGACCAUUCCCAUCAGCGGGCUGCAUGAUUGGAUUUUCAGUUCUUGUUCAUUUCGACUUUUUCAAACCUUUAGGGAGGCGCUCAACAUCACAUCAUGUAUCGGGUCAGGCGACGAUCCUCGGCCAUUGUUUUUUUUUUGUAUACGGAUUAUUCUUUUCGGAUAUGGAGUUGGAGAUACCAUGGAAGUCCAAGGGAACAACCGACACUGGAAAGAGAGCAGGGAGCGCGAAGAGACAGGAAACCGCACAGGGCGCAACAAGAGAAAAGCGAAUGGCAUUUGUUUGGGGGAAUACCACAGCGACCAGACCUACCAAACCAACCCGAGGAAAGAGAGUGGAGGAGCGGGACAGGAAUUUUUGGCAAGGAAGGGAUUCUGAACUGGGGGGAAACUCGAUUUGUUCUAUGGAGCCUGUCAAGACUUGCAAAGGUCUGUUGCUCUUGAUGUUUUAAUGAUGGCUUAUUCCUUAGAGAAUUGAUAGGGAACAAACCCUUACUUGACGAACAUGCUGUUUCCCUCCUUAUUUGAUCGUGUACCACGCUGUGACAAGUGAUAACCCUCGCGAUGACUGAAACAGGCUUCCAUGACCUUACCAACCUACCUGUUUACCGGCCUUGAUUCCAAGCCUCAUGAGCUUGGAGGCCGUGGUGUUUCUCGGGUAGUUUCUGUU